CAUAUGACAGAAGAAGCGUUUGGAUCCUAACGAGUUAAAGAUCAGUCGGUUUAUGUCUCCUCUCUUCAGGUGCAGACGGCUCUGAACAGCAUCAUGCAGGACCACACGGUGCUGGUGAUCGCCCAUCGGCUCAGCACGGUGGAGAAGGCUGACAACAUCAUCGUCAUCGAGAGCGGCCGCGUGGCCGAGCAGGGGUCCCACAGCCGGCUGAUGGCCAGCGAGGGGCUUUACUUCAAGCUGGUGCAGCGGCAGGUUCUGGGCAUCGAGACGGGAGCAGAGGUCCUCAACCCAACGCAGGAACUCAGCUGGAAAUCUGACGGAGGACAGAGGAGGAGGAGGAGGAGGAAGAGCAGCAGCAGCAGCAGCAGCGAGGCGGAGAGAAACAUGCGCUACUGAGAAUAAAGUGCGGGGUUUAGGGGAUUUAUGCAUAUGAAGGGAUUCAAAUCGCAAAAAAAAAAGGGACGCAAAAUGAGUUCAAGACACAGAGAAUCACCAAAAGGAAGACAAAAUGAUUUUUAAAAAGAUGCAAUGCUACCACAAAGAGACACGGACUUUUUAAAAUUAUUUUAUUUAUUCUACUAUUUCAACAAUUAGACAGUUUAUCCACCCGAAAAACACACACAAUUAUUAGAAGUGAGAGGGCAGAAAGUAGAGUUUAUACAGAGGAAGCUACAGGACACUGAAAACACUCCAGGAACUUUGUGAUUACUGAACACAUGGCAUUCAGCUAUAUAAUGUACACUUAGGUAGAAAAAAGAGGUUCACAAUGACUACAGAGAGACAAACAAUCACACAAAGGGACACUACAUGGUACAGAGAGACACUACAUGAUACAGAGAGACACUACAUCACACAAAGGGACACUACAUGAUACAGAGAGACACUACAUCACUCAAAGGGACACUACAUGAUACAGAGAGACAAACAAUCACACAAAGGGACACUACAUGAUACAAAGAGACACUACAUGAUACAGAGAGACACUACAUCACACAAAGGGACACUACAUGGUACAGAGAGACACUACAUGAUACAGAGAGACACUACAUCACACAAAGGGACACUACAUGAUACAGAGAGACACUACAUCACACAAAGGGACACUACAUGAUACAAAGGGACACUACAUCACUCAAAGGGA